UGGCGGCCCGCACACGGCGCCUCGCACGCCCCCGGCCCCGGCUCGCCCGCCCGCUCGCUGGCUCGCGCGGCCCGGCUCUGCGUCGGCCGCGCCGCGGUGGAGGCGCGCGAGGGGGACGCGGCCGGGGAUGAGCGGAUUGCGGGCAAACACGCCGCCGCGGGGCCCCAAGAGGCCGUGAGCAGCUGCUUUUCUCCGAGUCGCCGCCCUGCCCUUGGAUUUGAGAUCAUGUCCAUUCACAUCGUGGCGCUGGGGAACGAGGGGGACGCGUUCCACCAGGACAACCGGCCGUCGGGGCUCAUCCGCACUUACCUGGGGAGAAGCCCUCUGGUCUCAGGGGACGAAAGCAGCUUGUUGCUGAACGCGACCAGCACGGUCGCGCGUCCCGUGUUCACCGAGUAUCAGGCCAGUGCGUUUGGGAAUGUCAAGCUGGUGGUCCACGACUGUCCCGUCUGGACAGCUGACGGUUUUAUUGUGCCAACUCCAAGGGACCAUGUCACUAAGUUUCACUAG